ACAUCUGCCCUGAGCGCAUCCUCCGGACUCUCCCCGCUGAUAAACCAAACAAUAUCGGCAGGUUAAAGCGGCAGCAGCCACUCUGCAGCACAACAUUCGACUUUCAGCGCUUUGAAGAAGCUUCCAGAAACUUCCGCAGCAGGAAGAUGAACGACAGCGAGCCGAGCAGCGCCCUGCUGGCGGAGUACGACUUCGAGCGGCGCUUCGACGAAAGACGAGCUCUGGAAUGGAUGCAGGAGAACUGGAGCAAGUCCUUCAUGUUCUGUGGCCUGUACGCUGCACUCGUCUUCUUCGGUCAGCACUUCAUGAGGGAAAGACCGAAGCUGAACCUGCGGCGUCCGCUGGUGCUGUGGUCGCUCAGCCUCGCCGUGUUCAGCAUCAUCGGAGCGUUCAGGACCGGACUGUACAUGCUGCACGUGCUCACCAACAGCGGCUUCAAGCAGUCGGUGUGUGACAACAGCUUCUACAGCGCCCCCGUCACCAAGUUCUGGGCCUACGCCUUCGUCCUCAGCAAAGCUCCCGAACUGGGAGACACAGUGUUCAUCGUCCUGAGGAAGCAGCGCCUCAUCUUCCUGCACUGGUACCACCACAUCACCGUGCUGCUCUACUCCUGGUACUCCUACAAGGACCAGGUUGCGGGCGGCGGCUGGUUCAUGACCAUGAACUACUUGGUCCACUCGCUCAUGUACACGUACUACGCUGCCCGGGCGGCCGGCCUUCGGGUGCCUCGUCCCUGCGCCAUGAUCAUCACCUUCACCCAGAUCAUGCAGAUGGUGAUGGGCCUGGCCGUGGUGGGCCUGGUGUACCGCUGGAUGCACGAGGUCCGCUGCCCGUCCAACCUGCACAACAUCACGUGGGGCUCCCUCAUGUACCUGAGCUACUUGGUCCUCUUCGCCUCGUUCUUCUACAACAGCUACCUCAAAGGCUCGUCCAAGGACAAAGGACAGAAGGCCGAGUAACUCGUCUGUACUGAGCUCACGGUCGUAUUAAAGUGUGCCAUCAGUAGAAGUGACCAACAGCGAGAAGCCAUGAAUGUGAAGGCUGCUCAAAUCCAAGUCCCGGUACUGUGAGUUUUUACUCUCAAAACAAUGAUACAUCUGCGGACUCAGAGCGUUUGGGAAGAGGAGACCAACCCCGGACUCAGCACAUUUUAAUAGGACCUCCUGAAUAGUGGGGAGUACAGCGUGGAGAAAGGUUAGAGAAGGAAGGGAAUGACUUCAUUUAAGUUAUUGCAUUGGUUACGUAGACUUUUGACCAGUAUCUAAAAACAGGCACAUGAGGGCCAAACAUCUGUCAAAGGUGGUUUACUAAUGUUUGUUUGUUGAAACUAAGAAGUAAUGUAAAAGUACUUAUUAAUUUUUGUGUUGUUGAAGAAAUGACUCAGCUGUUUGGGAACUAUGACAUGAGAGGUUUGAAACUUAGCAUGAAGACUGGAAGCAGGGGAACUGGAAAAGCACUUACUUUAACCUCUAACACUA